AUGGCAUGCGUUGUGCAGGACUGGGCGGCAAAUUCAGCUUUGGGGAAAUCAGGAUUUUUAGCUGCGUUCACACUGAUAUUCUUGUCAGAAAUUGGAGAUAAGACAUUCUUCCUGGCAGGGCUCCUGGCUAUGAAGGUUGGACGUGCCAUAAGUUUUAUUGGCUCAACGCUUGCGUUGGCCCUGAUGACUGUCAUCUCAGUUCUCAUAGGUUAUGGAUUCAAGAGUGUGCCUGAUGCCCUCAAGAGCAGUGUGCCCGUUGGCCGCUACUUGUCCGUAGCUUGCAUGGUGUACUUUGGCGUGCGAACCCUGCAGGAAGCAUGGCAGACACCGGAUGAACCAGAUGAUGGAGGCGAGUUUGCAUCUGCACAACUAAGUCUGGACGAGGCGGAAAAGAGCGGAGGACUAAAAAGCCAGACAGCUUGGCAGGCGGUGCUGCAGGUUGGCUCCAUUAUUUUCUUAGCUGAGUGGGGCGACCGUUCUAUGCUGGCCACAGUGGCGUUGGGUGUCUCACAUUCACCCCUUGGUGUUGGUGUCGGCGCCAUACUUGGCCACGGGCUUGCCACGCUGCUGGCCGUCACGGGGGGUGCUCUUGCAUCUCAGUACGUCUCGGAAAAAACAUUGGGAUUCAUUGGCGGAACACUCUUCCUCGUUUUUGCCGUAGCAACUCUUCUUGGUGCGUUCUGA